AGUUUGCGUGGUCAGUACAAUCAGCGGCAUCGUGUGAACAUCAACUGCCGCCAUGCUUGCCGCCAAUUGUAUUUGAAAACAGUUCGCCAUAGUUCGCUGCGAUUAACUGUUGACAAUUCUUCAACAUUCAAAGGGGAACCGACCCGAAAUGGCCGGGACCUCUUUCUGUUUGGUGGGUACACUUGCAAACCUACAGGAAUGCAUAAAAGAUUGCCACCAGGAACUCGGCAACGUAAAUGAGCGUGCACGAGGUCAUGUUGCAGAUGUGUUGGAGAAGAUAAAGGCAGCUGCAAACUCCGUAGAGUGUGGGUUUGCUGUGCCAAAAACACCUGGACGAAAACUAAAGGCUCGCAUCAGUGCAAAGAAGUCGUUUUCCACUGCAGCCCUACCGAAGCGGCAGACUCGUUCGGUAUCAAAGGGUGCCAAGAAGCGCAGUUCAGCAAAGAAAAGUGUAACUGUGCUAGAUGAAGAAAAAUCAUCCACAUCGACGGAGGACCCCGAGAAGGAAAAUGCUGACGUGCAGCUUAAAUCUGCGGCAAAGGCUACCAAGGCCGCCAACAAAAGGGGAGUACCUGCAGUCAGGAUGGAUGCAGCUACACCUCUUGCAAAACCAAGCCCCCGUCAACCAUUACGAAGUACAAGACAGACACGGGCUCAGGCAAAGGCCCUCGGGGCAAAUUCGGCUCAAGCGACGCCACCCCGUGCAGUGGGCAUAUCGCGUGCUUUGCUCUACUCGCCUGCUAAUCGUGCGGCUACACCAUCCAAGCAGCUGUUCUCGCCAUAUGCCAAGUGCAGUGUACAGGAGAAGGCAAGGGCCUUUGAGUCAAAGGAGCCCAUUUCCCCCUUGCAUGCUGCCAGGCAACCCAAGAGCAGCAAUGCAGCAAGAAACCAAACUGGUGCUGCGGCUGUUGCAAGAGAAGUGGGUCUCCGUGUUCCUUUAUCUACCACACCCAUGCAUGCUUCGUCAGAACCCAUUACUAAAGAGAAGAUGCCUGUGCCUCGAGCAAGUCCAAAGACACCAGUCCCACCAUCACCGUUUAAAACUGCAUCAGAGCAGAAUAGUCAAGAGGAAACACCUGCUAUUGCAUCUGUGGAUGUCACACCAUUGCGUGUGCCUGUCAAAGAGAUCCCCGCCAGGAGGUUGUCCAGUGUGUCUCCAUCCAAGUGCAAUGGACAACCUUCAUCAUUGCGUUCCAGCUCUUCUUCCCCGAAACAUGAUGCCGAAGUGGAGCUCGCUGCCACAUCGCCAGCAGCUUCCCCAGAUGCAAAGAACCUGGCUCCCUCCGUACCUGAAACCGGGACAGUGAAAGAAAGGCGCAUUACAAGGGCGUCAGCUUCUGCUGCUGCAGCACUCGUCGCAGUCUCGGAGAAAACCUCAAAGGCAACACCUGCUGGCAUUCGGGCUUCCGAUUGCUCGUAUUAUGUGUCAUCGGUAGCAGAAUCUGCCUCUGAUGAUGAGGAAUGGGUGGAGUCGCCUACCACACCGAAACGCGCUCGUCUCCUCCCUCAAAGCUCUCACACUGGGGCACAUGUGAAGAAGCUCAGUGGUGUUCUAGGUUCCGUCAAGGCACCCGUAAAGGACUGUCCGGGACAUAAGCUGGGCACUGUUCGCAAAAUUCCGGCUACCCCGUCCUCUUCCUCCAGGCUGGCUCCUGUCACACCAAAGCACACCACACCUUCAAAGAUGGCACGACCGUUUCCCACAAGUGAAGCACGACAGGGCACCCUGAAGACAUCCACUUUAGAGGAGUCCACCCGCAGGAGGCAUGACAGCAGUGGCAUCAGUGAGGUGGAGCAGCAACGCAAGCAAAGCCUAUUGCAGAUAAAAAUGGAUGCAGCAAAAAAAGACCGGGAGCAGAGGCUGGCUAGGGCACAAGCUCAGCGGGAGCGACGUGAAGCUGAGCGGCGUGAGCAAGAGCAAUUACGGCAACGUGAAGCUCAGCAAAAGGAACUUGAGAGGUUAAAGCAACGGACUGCAUUUCACCAGCGCAAGCAGAGCGAGCGCAGCUUAAAUGUUGAUACAUUGGCGGCUGCUACAAAGAGGAAAGCAGAAUCACCUCUGGUCUCUGCGUCUAAGAGGCCAACCCCCCUGAACUUAAGCAAGCCUCCAAAAAUGCCAAGGAAUGCUUGUGCUGAUGCAGAGGCUGCAAGGCUCAUCUUCGGUCAGCCAAGUACGAGCCUUUCGCAGAAGGCGAAAUUGAACAACAGCCUUCAGCAGCAGGCAAUGCUGAACAGCCUUUCACAGUCACUGAGAAGCCAGGCAAGCUUUCUGCCCUCCCCUGAGGAGCCUCAGGCAGCGUCUGCACCGCAGUCCAUCACAGACCUUGUUGAAAGCACACCAGAGAAGACAUGUGCUGCUCUGAAUGUCACUGUGACACUGUCUUCGGAGGACAAGCCUGCAGAGGCCCUUAGCGAGACAUUCACUGUGCCUUCCAGCGAUCACAAUGAGUCCAGUGUCGCAAAGACACCAGCUGCGGCAAACUCCACAUUUGUAAGGACCAGUGGCCCUCCCAGGUCGAGCGGGUAUAAUAUCACGCCGCACAGGAGCGAGCUUCCUCCAGAACCCAACAAGGACAAAGACAACUAUGACAUCAACGACCUUAAUUCUGGCGAUGAGACUGAUGAUGACGAGAAGCCACGCAAGGAAGUCCCUGCCUGGGCUAAAGGUACUGCCUUGAGCAAGCUUGUGGCGCAACAGCACGCCAAAAAAAUUUCAGGCCUGGAGUUCUUUGGUGUGAUGCCCGUGCCCAACUUGGACAAGAUAUUCCAGCUGAAGAAGAAGUAUUUCAACAAGCGCACGAGCUCCCAAAUAUGGGAUUGAGGAUCCGAGGGGCUUUAUAUUGUCUUAGAAUUGUAAAAUGACUGCUAAUUGCCCCACCCUCCUCCCUCCAUUUUUACUCGCUGUACACGUGCAAUGACGAACAUUUUUCCAAGAUGUGUCUGCACAGUUCUGUAUUCUCACUUUGUCAUGUUCUUCGCUAGAUUUUUAUUGUUUUAUUUUACGUCUGCGGAAAACUGAAAGCGUGCACUUCACAAUCAUUGUGUGCGGCGCGCUCACGAAGGCUAAAGAGCCUGAAGUAGAUAGCUGCUAGGCGACUUGCUUUUACAUAUUGUGCAAACUAUGUGGAUUUUUAGAUGAAGUCGUUGGCAAACGUUAACCCACUGCCACUUUUAUUUUAUAUCUUGCUUUUCUUUUCUCUUAUUUCUCCCCCACUUUUUAAUACCCUAAUCUAAUAUUUUUAAGUAUCACCUCUUCCAGGCAGUACAAAUUGAGCUUUGCAUGGCUUACUCGAAGAGGCAGCCAUUACUUACACAUCAAAUUGCAAUAUUCAAAUAACCUAUGAAGUAACUCAAUCCCAAUAAUGUAGGGCACAUGUUUUAAUUGCAGAUUGAAUUUUCACAACGAUGCUACAUCUAGCCAAUAGAAACACAGCAGCACAGUAUACAUUCUGACAUGUCAACUGUAGUUCACGCUAGCUGCUGGUAGAGUUGUGGUCACUGCGUCAGCAGUCACUUGAAGCUGGUACUUGUGAAACAAAACUCUCGCAGAAGCUGCAUAGCGUUUUGCAUCUCGGACUUGUAGCACUCGCUGGCAAGUGUAGUCUACAGCAAGUGUUAUUAAACCUUUCUGUAUGACAGCCUGCGAGUGACACCAACGGCAAAGUGCACUCACUUGAAGUGUCACUGAAUUUGUCCGUCUGACUAGAGUAUUAGUCUUGGGGUUAUCACUUGCACAGCUGCAAUACAUAUGCCUUAAAGCAAUGAUGCUAUUAUCCUUUGCAGACUGUCAAAGGAGUAAUGUCUGCCUCUUCAUGCGAUUCACCUGGAGUGGAAUUUUCGGUCAACUGAUAAUUUAGUGCCUGAAGAGGUUGAAUUACAUUAUCUAUGUCAAGGGAGUGCACUCAGACGUCAUUAUAAUGAUGUCGCAUCUGUCACGAAAUUACUUUCGUCAUAUCUUAUAAUCCGUUAUAUCCGUGUUUACUAAGCCGACAUUCGACUGUAUAGUUUCUCAAGACGUCAUUCAUAAAAAAAAAGGCAGGGUCAUAGUAUCACUGUUGUUCGUUUCUUCUUUGCUACACCUCAAUCUUUUUUUUUUUUUUUUUCACAACUUAGCCCAACAUACUUUUGCAUGCACACUUUCAUGUAAGCUCAGCAUUGUACAUACAUUCUCUCAUGCUGUGUUCCUUUUUGUUGCUUUAAGUGUGUGCACUUAGAUUACAUUCUGUCCCAGUGAACUCCUUUGGCUUUACACCAACAGUUUGCUGUUUUUACUGUGGCACUUGCAUUGCUGCCCUUAUUGCAAGGCUCCUUGGAGCUCCGAACUUUUUUUUUAUUCUGGACAAAUGAUGUCAUACUGCAUUGAAGGCAGUGACUGUACGAAAAAAAAUGUUACCAGAGGGCUGUGUGUAUGCUUACAUUAUUGUUGCACACAGGAUCAUUUCCUUUCAAGCAGUAAAUGCAAGUGCACUUGUUCAUAUAUGGUAGAUGGUGUUCACGCAUAUGAAGCUUUUGUGAUGCCUCAAUGCUUAUGUUUGUUAGUUCACUCUUGAAUAUGAUGUGCUAACCAGCAGUUUGUACACUUAAACUAUUUAUAACCUUAAGGGAGAGGAGCACGUAUGUCUUGUAUGAACUUUCUAUAUUCAUUUUGUGACUGCGCAUUGUGCUUCCUCCCCCUCCCCCCCCCCCCUCUUUUUUUUUUUUACAAUUUUUUCACUGAUAAAGGUGCACUGUUGACUUCUGUUGGUUCAACCUCUAUGGUACUGGCAAAUUUGUUCAUAUUAUUCUUCAUCCAAAUCAAAAUGGGAGUUCAACAAGCAUGGAUGCCAUUUUGGGUUUUUGAAUGCAGUAUAUUUAGCCGGUGUUAAAUUAACAGAGGUCGGCUGUGCUCCUCGGCUUUGCUCUUCUAUAUAGGUGGGAAAUCCCGUAGGUCUUUGCAUACGAGUUGCCUGGGCCAGAUUCGAAGCUCCAUCGCUCUGUGCAUUCCCUUCUAAAACACUGCACAAUGUGUGAGCGCUUCAAAGCGAGCACGCAUUUGCCUCCUGAUUGCUAUGCAGUGACUGAAAGAGAAAUAAAACGUAGACGCCGAAA